AUGUUUAAGGACGGCAGAGAGGAGAUGAGAGACGAUGAGAAGUGUAGAAAGGAGAGGGACGUCAGAACAUCAGAGCUGGUUGACGAAAUGGCAGCUGUACACAGAACCAUUCAUGAAGAUGUAAACAUGUACAAAAUUUGUUUAAAAUUUAUUCUCAGAGUACUCAGUGACGAACAGAAGGAAAGACGCGUUAAUGAGAGUAGGGAGAUGGUUGAGCUCUUUACCUUCAUCCAAAGUGUACUUGAGUCUAUGGUGACCUGUGACGAAAGCUGGAUCUACCAUUAUGAUCCAAAGACCAAGAAACAGAAUACUCAAUGGCAGCAUCUUGACUCUCCCAAACCCAAGAAGGUCAGGUAA